GCUUGCUCGACGGAGCGCAGCCGCGGCGGCGAGGAGCAUGUGCAGCCCGGUGGAGCGGCGCCUGGCCGGGCUCCGAGAGGCGCUGCUGGGCGGCGAAGGGGCCGCAGCCAACGCCGUGUCCGAGCCGGGGCUGGAGGCGCUGCUCGACCUGCUGCUCUGCGUCUACCGGGAGUGCAGCGGCGCCCCCCUGCGGCGGGAGCGGAACGCGCAGCGCUUCUUGGACUGGGCUUCCUCUUUUGUGGCCAAAGUGAAGCAGCUGGGUCUGCGGCGAGAUGACUUUGAAAUCUUGAAGGUGAUUGGACGAGGGGCUUUUGGAGAGGUGGCGGUGGUGAGAAUGAAACAGACAGACAAGGUCUACGCCAUGAAGGUUCUGCAUAAAUGGGAGAUGCUGAAGAGAGCAGAGACGGCUUGCUUCCGGGAAGAGCGAGACGUGCUGGUUCACGGGGACAGACAGUGGAUCACCACCUUGCACUAUGCCUUCCAAGACAAUCACUAUCUGUACCUCGUGAUGGAUUACUAUGCAGGCGGCGACCUCCUCACUCUCCUGAGCAAGUUUGAGGACCGCUUGCCGGAGGACAUGGCUUGCUUCUACCUGGCCGAGAUGGUCCUGGCCAUCCACUCGCUCCAUCAGCUCCGAUAUGUCCACAGGGACAUCAAGCCAGACAACGUCCUUAUCGACACCAAUGGGCACAUCCGCCUGGCCGACUUUGGCUCCUGCCUGCGCCUGCGUCCGGAUGGCAUGGUGGAGUCUUCGGUGGCUGUGGGGACCCCUGACUACAUCUCCCCAGAGAUCCUGCAGGCCAUGGAGGACAGAAAAGGGAAAUACGGCCCUGAAUGCGACUGGUGGUCCCUGGGGGUCUGUAUGUACGAGUUGCUUUUUGGGGAGACCCCCUUUUAUGCCGAGUCGCUGGUUGAGACGUAUGGCAAGAUCAUGAACCACGAGGACCACCUGCAGUUUCCACCGGACGUCACCGAUGUCUCAGAGAGCGCCAAGGGCCUCAUCCGAGGGCUGCUCUGCCGCCAGGAGCUGCGCCUGGGCCAGAAUGGCAUCGAGGACUUCAAGCGCCAUCCUUUCUUUGAGGGCAUCGACUGGGACAACCUCCGCAGAAGCCAGCCCCCCUACACGCCUGAGGUGGCCAGCCCUGCAGACACAUCCAACUUUGAUGUUGAUGACGACAUGCUGAAGGAGUCGGAGACACUUCCGCCGGUAUCUCACGCUGCUUUCUCCGGCCACCACUUGCCUUUUGUGGGAUUUACCUUCACUUCUGGGAGCCCCCUCUCUGAGAGGCCGCCAGCCUCCUCCUCCAGCACCUCCAGCAUCGCCCAGCUGGAGAAACGGAUCCGCCAUCUGGAACGAGAGAAGCAGGAGCUGGCCCGGAAGCUGCAAGAUUCUCUGGCAAAGUCCCCCUCCAAGACGCCAGCCAAGGACUCCGAGUUCAGGAGCCUCCAGAACGAGAUGGUGGCUUUGCGGAAGCAGCUGGCAGAGAACCAGCUGGAGAGUGACAAGGUUCAAAGGCAGCACCAUGACAGGGUGGAGUCAGGCCAAGUGAAGACCUUGGAGCAGCGGGUGACAUUUCUGGAGGAGGAGAAUAAGAAGGCACUUCAGGAUGUGGCUGUUGCCCAGGAGCAGCUUCGAGCUCAGGCAUGGGAGCUGCAGGAAGAACAGCUCCGGCAGAAGGAGAGCUCUGAGGAGCUGCAGAGUGCCGAGGCAAAGUGCGGAGAGCUGCGGGCCCAGCUGCUGAGGCACUCCAGGCAGCUGCGGGAGCGGCAGGAGGAGACGGAGGCUGCGGCUCGGCGGGUGGAGGGGCUGCGCAAGGAGCUGGCCCGGACGGAGAGUGGGCGCAAAGAGCUGGAGGCUCGGAUCGAGGGCCUGGUCAGCGAGGUGUCCAAGCAGCGGAAGGGGAAGGAGAGGGCUGAGCAGCAGCUGCGGAGGCUGAAGAAGGAGCGGGAGGAGCUGCGGGUGAAGCAGAGCAUGUCCCUCUUCCACGCUGGUGGCUCCAAGCACACGGCGGGGGCUUCCUGCACCCCAAAGGAGGCACUCCAGGCUGAGAUGGCCCAAUGCCGGGAGCAGCUUCAGAAACCCAGGAGUGAACGGUGGGAAAACCUGGAACCAAAAGACUGGAAGAAAGAGCUGUGCAGUUUGACACCUGUGGAGAGCCACCGCACCUUGCACUCUCAGGACCAGGUGGAUUCACCCAGCGCUGACAUCCCCCACCUGGAUCAAGAACUGUGUGCCUCAGAGACACACAAGCUAGCCUUUGCCAACUGGGAGAUGCAGAUCACUGACAUCUUGCGGUGGGUGAGCGAUGAGAAGGAGUCCAGGGGCUACCUGCAGGCCAUGGCUACUCACAUGAUGGAGGAAGUGGAAGCUCUGAAGCAGACAGGCACCCAGAGCCCUGGGCCUAGAACCCCGGACACACUCUGGAAGGCUCGACGGCUGCAAAAAGUGGAGGCCUCAGCCAGGCUGGAGCUGCAGUCGGCGCUGGAGGCUGAGAUCCGGGCCAAACAAGGCGUCCAGGAGGAGCUGGACAAGCUGAAGGUGGCCCAUUUGGCGGCUAAGCGCCAAUUGCAGGAGGCAGAGAAUCAGAACAGGGUGUUGCAUCUGGAGCUGGAGAAGGCAAAGGCGGAGCUGAAGGGCCGGUCCCUGGAAGGCAUCAAGCACCAAGGACCUCUGAUUCCCUUCCUCUCCUUCCGAAGUGCCAACAAGGACGCAAUUGCUUUUGGGAGCUCCCCAGAUUCCCCGGAGGCCACAGAAGGGGCCCAGCUGCACCCAGAACAGCGGAGGAGCCUGCGGUCCAGCGCGUCGCAGUCCUCCACCCAGUCCGUAGUGGGCACCAUGGAGAGCAGCAGCAGCAGCAGCAGCUCUGGAUCCCUGAAGCCCAAGACCCACAGCUUCAAAACGCACAGCUUCUCCACACCCACCAAGUGCAUGCGCUGCACAUCGUUACUGGUUGGGCUGGUCCGGCAGGGCUUGGUUUGCGAGGCUUGUAACUUCAUCUGUCAUGUGUCCUGUGCCGGAGCAGCCUCCAUCUGCCCGCUGCCCCCUGAGCAGCUCCAGAAGACCCUGGGGGUCAACCCAGCAAGUGGGACAGGGACUGCCUUUGAGGGAUUCCUGUCGGUGCCCAAGCCUUCCGGGGUGAAGAAAGGCUGGCAGAGGGCUUUUGCAGUCAUCAGUGAUUUUAAGAUUUUCCUCUUUGAUGUGCCAGAGGGGAAGGCAGCACAGAGUGAUGGGAGCAUCAUGCAUGUCACGGACAUGAGGGAUGAGCAGUUCUCUGUGGCCCCGGUGCUGGCCUCGGAUGUCAUCCAUGCAAGCAGCAAAGAUGUGCCCUGCAUAUUCCGGGUGACAGCCUCCCAGCUGAGUUCCCCUCAGACCACCAGCUCCAUGCUGUUCCUGGCUGACAGCGAGGGCGAGAUGAGGAAGUGGGUGGAAGUGCUGGCAGAGCUGCACCGCAUCCUGCGAGAGAACCAUCACCACGACCGCGCCGUCUAUGUCCUCAAGGAGGCCUAUGACAACGGCCUGCCCUUCAUCCCCCACGCCCUCUCAGCAGCCAUCAUAGACCGGGAACGGAUCGUACUGGGCACAGAGGAUGGUCUCUUUUUGAUUCAUCUCCGGACAAAUGAUGUGCUGCAGGUGGGGGACUGCCGGCGGGUCCAGCUGCUCCUGCUGUCCCCACAGGCCCAGCUGCUCUCGGUGCUCUGCGGCAAGAACCACAGCGUCCGCAUCUUCUCUUGGGCGGAGCUGGAGACCCCGGAGGCUCCAGGGGCCAAAGUGGUGGAGGCCAAGGGCUGCCAGGCUGUGGCCGUGGGGCUCAUCUGCCGCAGCACCACCCCCGUGCUGUGCGUGGCCUGCCGUCGCCAGGUCCUCUGCUUCCAGCUGACGGCCACUCGCCCUCCGCACCGGCGCAUCAAGGAGAUCCAGGCUCCGGGCUACGUGCAGUGCCUGGAUGUGCUGGGGGACCGUCUCUGUGUGGGUUACCCAUCGGGCUUCUCCCUCUACCCUCUGCUCAACGAGGGCCCCCCUGUGAGCCUGCCCCACCCUGAGGAUCCCCGGGCAGCGGCCGUGUCCCAGAUGGAAGCUCUGAAAGCCGUUGAAGUCAGCCUGAGCGAGCUGAUCCUGUGCUUCAGUGGCUUUGGCCUCUACGUGGACGGGCAGGGGCGCAGGAGCCGCCCCCAGGAGCUGAUGUGGCCGGCACCCCCCCUCAGUUGCUGUUACAGUGCCCCUUACCUGUCAGUAUUCAGUGAGGACGCAGUGGAUGUGUUUGACGCCAGGAAAGCAGAGUGGAUUCAGACAGUCUCUCUGAAAAAGGUACGAGCCCUGAACCCCGAGGGCUCCCUCUGUACUUUUGGCAGCGAGAAGGUCCGCCUGACUUACCUCAGAAGCAAGGCAGCAGACCAGGAUGAGUUUGAAAUUCCGCAGAUGACAGACAACAGCCGGCGGCACCUUGUGAGGACCAGGCACAAGCGCCGAUUCUCCUUCCGGAUCUCCGAGGAAGAGCGGCAGCACCAGAGGAGGGAGAUGAUGCGCGACCCAAGCCUCCGCUCCAAGCUCAUCUCCGGCCCCUGCAACUUCAACCACCUGGUCCACGUUGGGCCGAGCAAGAGGCACCAUCAGCUGCAAGAGCUGCACGUGGCCCAGGAAGAGAAGAGGCAGGAGGCCCAAGUUCGGAUGCGCUGCAGUAGCCUCUCUGAGACCCGGCGGCCCUCCGCGGCCUCAGGCGCUGCAAACAGGACCCCAGGAGCCUCUGCUGCUGCUGCUGCUGCCACCUCCUCUUCUUUGAAGCACAAGACAGGCAGCUCUCUGUCUGGCAACUCCUUUGCUUUUCUGCCGGGCGUUGGCGCUGGCAGUGAUGUGCUGGCAGAGAUCUUGGAUCAACCUCGGAGCCUUCCUCCAUGCCCAGGAAGUGCCAGCUCCACAUGACGGGAUGGAAGCUGUUGGCGCCCGGCUGCAGACCUGCCUGGAGAGCUGGCCGCUUCUGACUCUCCUAACAAACUGUGUCCCUGCCUGGUGGAUGGAGCAGCCUGAAGCUAACGGGCAAAGCGAGGGUGGCACAAACCCAGAGGCCGCUUGGACCCUGCAGCCCCGGCCCAUGAAGCAGCGACCGUGGCACUUCAGCCUUCAAAGGCGGCCUGGAGCUGGUGGCCGGAUGGCGAUCAAUGCCAGUCCCAGCCAGCCUGCACAAUGAUGCCCUAAACCCUUUGCCUCAUCCUCACCGCAUCUCAGGGAAGGCAGCAGGCCAGGCCAAGCUGCUUCAGGGCAUUUUCCUGGUGGGUGCUACCAGCCCCCCCCCACUAUCUUCUCUCCCCCCCCCGCAAAAGCAGCAACAGUUGCAGGACCCCCUGCUUUGCCAGAAACCUUUUUAAGAGACCCUGAAGCUUACUUUUUAAAAAGCUACGCUAACUUCUGCAAUAUUCUAAGUAGAGGGGAAAGGUGGCACCCUCCCGCCGGCAGCAGCGGAGUCGUGGUGGUGGGAGGAGGAGCGGCCAUGAGGGGCAACCUCCAGACAUGGUCAGCAAAGAGCUGCAUCUUGGUGGGGGCAGGGGGAGCCCCUCUCAGGUAACGGCGCCAUCCUCUCAGCCAGAAAAAAACAUGCAGCAAAAAGUCACAAAGACGGUGCAGCUGGCUGCUUUUCUUGGGGGGGGGGAAGAAAAGGGUCAAAACCACAUUGCUCCUUCAUCAGCAUGUGGGUACCUAGAGGGGAAAUGGGGGCCGCUUUGCUCCUCCUCUGGCCCUCCUCCUCCUGCUGCUGCGCUACUUGCACUGAGCCAUGGUCUCACUUAGCAUUCUGUGCAAACCCAGGCUGGUGUGUUGUUGCACUCCCAACAAACUAUGAGCUGUAAGCCAAGGUUUGUCCUUCCUUUACAGCUAGAGGUUUGUUGCGAGCAAGACAACCCUUAUGGAGUAUCAUAAGCCAAACCAUGGCUUUGCAGGAGGGGGCAAAGCAGCUGUGAGCUCUUCUCUAGGGACCCGUCUGCCUGCCUGCGUAUCCGCAAGGCCUGCCUCUCCCCCUCCUCCUACUUCUGCAUUCUUAGGGAGUGAGAGAGAGGAGGCGCGCUCUGCACCAGGAGAGGGAAACUUGGGGCCCCUCCAGCAUCAUCCCGGCUGACCACUGGCCAUGCUGGUGGGGGUGGAUGGGAGUUGGAUCCUGCUCUCUGGAGGCACCCCAUUGCCCACUCCCAAGCUGCAAAAGCGAAGAGGCAGCCGUCUGCCACCGUCCUGCCCUGCCACAGAUGCAGCCGCCCUCUCUGCCCGCUGCCACCGCCAGCGACUGGCAGGCCGGGAAGCUGCCUGGGAAGGACGUGUUUUGUGCAGGGCCCUUUCGUUAAAGAGUUAAUUUAUUUGUCUACUUCUGCGUAAAGCAAUAAAACAGGCGAGAAUUACAUUACACACUGGCCAUACUGGAAACCUAUACAAAACAAUUAUUCUGUGGAGACAGAAAAAGUGCCUCUCCCCCCCUACCCCCCCCUUUGGGCGUUUGGAAUCCAAGCCUCAUGCACCAUGGGAGGGGAGACAGCACCCAGGGCCCUGGAAACAGUUCUUGGCAAGCGGAGACGGAGGCAGCAAACACCACCUCAAACAGCCCCCCCUUCUCUCUCCCCCCCCAAAAAAAACCUACCAGAAGGAAGAGAUUCAAAGACAUGCCAGAAACAGCCCUCUUGCCCCCCCUGCAGCUGCUGCAGCAAAGUAAGAUCCCCCCAAGGGGUGUGUGGCUGAGUCAGUCCAGUUUCCUGGCCCCCAGCUUCAUGGGGCCCUUGGCCGCCUUCCUCUCAGCACGCUUGGCCUCCAUCUCCUGCCUCCUCUCCUCCCGCUUCUUCCGCGCCAGCUCCGCCUUGCUCAGCCCUGCAGGCACAAAGGGAGCCCUGCGUCACGGUUCAGUCCCAGGGAAGCUGCGAUGGGGGGGGACGGGGGACAGGACAUAUGACUUACCCUGGUCCGACUCCAGCGCCUCCCAGUUCUCCUCGAGGCCCCAGUCCCCCAGUGCAUCCAUGUGUCUCUGGAAGAAGACGGGGGGGGAGGUCAAGGUGAAGAGACCCGUCUCUGGCCUGGAGAAGGAAAUCUGGAGGGGGGGGACAGCACUUUUUUCUCUUCCUCUCCCCCCCCCACUUGAACCACAGCCAAGCAGCGACAAUGGCAGUCAGACGGGACCACCAACUGGGUGCCCAGGUGGGCUGCAGGCACCCCCUUGCACUUCCUGUGCAUGGAUGAGCAAAGGCUUGCUUGGUGAGGAACAGGAUGCCGCCUUCCCUGGGUCAGCUCUUUGGCCCAUUCCGCUACACUGGGGUGGGGAACCUCACCUGUCCUCACUGCCACAGGCCAGCUUUGACCAGGGGCAGGACAACAUGCUGUCAAUCACCUGAUGUCAUUAUGAUGUCAGAUGGUUGGCAUGUGGGUUACCCCACCCCACUGUCAAAGUCCCUCGCAUGGUGCUUCCCUGAGGACCUGAUGGCCGGCUGGUUGUCAGGCGCUUGGGAACCACAGCGCAAGGUUCUGCCAGCUCAGGAAAACCCCGGCAGAGCUGCAUUCCGCAGGGAUCAGCUGUGCCCCCGCAGGCGAAAUGGCGGCAUCUCUACCUGCCCCACAGCUAUUGCCACAUGUGACGUGAGGUGUGGGCUGGGGAAAAUGGCCUCAUGGGCCAAAGUGGGGCCUAGAGGCUGGAAGGUAAGCUACUGUCCACCCCAGGGGUGGCCGGCUCCUAACCUGGGGGUAGAUCCAAGCAAGACCCCAAUGAGCCUGCUGGCGGCAGCAGCAGCAACGAAGCGAGAAGGAAAGUAAGAGAGUGCAGAUGGGGGUCAGCAGAGAGGUUGGACACUCCCUGCAGCCCCCCGCCCCAAUGGGGACGUAAAUCGCUCCUUCCCAAAUCUGUAUGGAGAAGUCGAGGGAGUGUUGUACGUGCGUGGCUGUGGGGUGGCCAGCCUCACUGCUGCCAGGAAAGGUGACCUACCUCUGGCCAGCACUGACCGGCAGUGGCUCUCCAAUGGCUCCCAGCCCCUCCCUGAAGAUACCAGAGACUGAACUGGACCCGUCCCACACGCUUUUGCUUGGGGUGUCCUAGCACAGUGGCAUGGCUGCUCCCUAAAUGGGAAGCUGCCUUCUACAAAGUCAGGCCAUGUUUGCAGCAUGUACCUCAGUGUUCUCUGCACUGACUGGCAGCAGCUCCCCAGCCCUACCUGGGACCUUCUGCAUGCAAGGCACCAGAGCUUGGAAAAGUUACUUUUUUGAACUACAACUCCCAUCAGCCCAAUCCAGUGGCCAUGCUGGCUGGGGCUGAUGGGAGUUGUAGUUCAAAAAAGUAACUUUUCCAAGCUCUGCAGGCACCUGCUCUGCCCCUGAGCCCGGCCUGGGCGACUCAAGCGAAAGUGUGGGAGGGAGGGCAGAUUCUCGCCUGUGGCUCCUCGCACCUGCCUCUCUGCCGGCGGCUUCCCAACAAGGGAGGAAAAAGGGUCCGGCCUGCCCGCAGUGGUGACGCUCUCCCAGUUAUACUCGCUAGCCAGUCUGGUCCCUUCCUGUGGGGCUGCUGCAGACUUUGGGGCCAGGGUGGAGGGGAAGUCCCUCUCGCAGCUCCUGCCCCAGCUCACAUCUGGGGUGGAGCCGUGUCCCUUCUGGUGGUUCCAUGUGGGCUCCAGGUCCCAGGCAGAGGCACUCCAGUCAGAUUCCUGCUUCACUGUGGCUGUGGUGGUCUGGGAACAAUGCUACAAGUACAAAGAAAAGCAAACCGCUGCACUUGAACCGAACAUGGGUUUUCUUUUCAAAGAAGAGGAGGUUUCUAGUCCACAUGACUGCUGAUAGGCAAAUAACAUUCCUACGGCAAGCUUGGAGACCAGAAGGGCAAGCAGGCAUGGAUGCACAAGUGUGGGGGGCAUUAGGCACCCCAGGGAUGUCUUGUCCCCACCCCAGAGAAUGAGGGGAGCCGUAGUGGGUGUUGCGGAACGUACCCCCUUGCCUCCAGGGUUCUUGGCUGCUGAGGCUGGCUCUGGCCACCCUGGGCUGUUCCAGGCAUCUGGGCUGGCUCGCCUCUUCGGCUCCUCGUCCUCUUGCUGAGCCAGAGAGGAAGAGGAAGGAAAGGGAGACCCCUCAACCGAGCCCCAGAGCCCCCCUUGCAAUGCAGAACGCAAGCAAGUGCUGCCAUAGCCGCUGAGCCCCUCUCCCCGCUUGCUCUGCACGGGGACAGAAGCCUAGCCUCCCAUCUCUCCAGGGAGCUUCUGCGGGCCCCCACUUUCUCUCUCUCUUACCUCCAAACUGCCCCAAUCAUCAUCAUCCCAUUGGUCUCCUGUGCUUCCCUCCUCGGCCACAUCCUCCUCCAGGUCCCACUGCUCAGACGCGGAGAGAGAUGUCUGCUCUGGGGCGGACGGUGGGCCAUCUCCUUUAAAAAAAUAAUAAUAAGGGGUAAAAUGGGGGCUGAUCCUUUUUCAGCCCAAGGGCCGCUUUCUCUACCGGACAACUUUCUGAGGGCCACAUGUCAGUGGUGGAGGGGACCAGAGGCAAAUGUUAAGUAGGCUCAUUUCUACACACUCGGGGGGCCAAGAAGGACCAGUGAGGGUGGAGAGAGCUCCAAGGGCCAGAUAAGAAAGUUCUGGAGAGCCACAUUUGGCCUCUAGGCCUGAGGUAAAGCAUCCAUAUUUGGCCAGCAGUAGAAGCCAUUAGCUAGGGGAAUUACUGUGGUGUACAAAGACACACACACAGAAUAUGGACCUGCUGGUCCGAUACAACACACCUUGCCCCAUUCUACCCCCCCAAGACUCCCAUGGCCUCCACUGACCUGAUUUGGCAGGCCCUGGGGUCGGGCUGGCUGGGGCCCCCUCAGGCGCCUGUUCUGCAGCUUGCAGUGCCCCAGGAUUUGUCCGGAUCAGCUUUGAGGUGAGCGACGAGACCCCCGUCACGGCCCACCCAGCCCAGCUGGCAGCUGCACUUGCCCCUGGGCCAGCCGAGGCAGCCUGGACGUCCUUCUCUAAAGAGAGGGCAGAAGAGGCACUUCAGGUCGGGCCCUCCAAUCCCUGCUCCUCCCUCCCUUGCCCCCGUCCCCAAUGGCAGCUCACCCAGCUCAGAGAGUUGCGCCGGGUCCUCGGAAACGGCUUCCAGUUUGGUCGUGAAGCUCCGCAUAGCUUUGAACGCCUGAGAGAAAGGAUUUUAUCUUGUUGUACACCGCCCUGAGAGCUUGUUGCUAAAGGGCGGCCUAAAAGUGCAAUAAAUAAUAAU